AACAGCAAAGAACUGUAGCAGCUGACAGGCGGAUGCAGAGGGAGGGGGUUGCCGUUACAACCCGGUGGAUUUCUCACGGUCGGCGGGUUUGAACGCUCUUCUGUCCGGAUGAUACCCCCCUUCCAACACAAAAAAAUAACCUAUGCUGAAAACUUUCAGCGGUCCGUUUGACGCGGGGGUGUUAUUCAGAUCUCCAAGCCGGUCCGAGAGCAGUCAUGAUGCAGGUGCAAACUGUGGGCUAACGGGCACUGAAAUGACUUGUUCGGCCGCUGACGCGAUCCGUUAUGCCAUGCCAACCCCGCAUCGUCAGAUGCCAUUUUGCUCUGCGUUUCCCCGGCGUUUGGCUUUCUAUUAUUCCGGGCCUGUUGUAUAAUUAGAAGUUCAUGGGGCGAGUAGCAAAACAAGCUGGUGCAAUGAGAAGCUACGCUGUCAGUGGAUCAGUGCGCAGUUUGUGUUGAAGCUUAUGGGUCCUGCGUACUCGAGCCCCCGGCUUCUAGUUGGAGAGGUGUGCUGCGGGACUACAGCGGCUACACAUCUGGACCGCCUGAUCGCUGUCAUCCGCGGCCGCAUCGGACUGUGUACUCGUUGAACUUGUGUGUUUUUUUGUGGGGGGUAGAACGAGCGAGGUCGCUUCGGAUGGUGUCGUGUUAGAGGGGUGUAUAUUUGGCUCGGACUUAGGGUGUGAUCUACUGGAACAACACAUCCUAAACCCCUGGCCGGGUCACUACUCAAGAAAUAGACGCGUGAGCUAUGAAUUUUGCGUAGCCGAGUCACGCGUUUUUUUUUUUAAUAGUGACAUUGCAAUCUUUUCCCAACUGUGGUUGUUUCUUCACCCGAUUACAUCGGAAAUAGAGCAUAAAAGAGUGAAAGUGGAGUAUUGUCCGUCGUACGUCUCAGCGCAGUGGGAUUUCUACGUCUGGUCGGCGUUCCCCCCCACCCUUCCCGCGGUGACGGUUAUGGGUCGGAAGCGGUGUGUCGGUGCAGAUUGUUCCAAGAUGGCGGCCGGGUGCUGCGGGGUGAAGAAGCAGAAACUGUCGGGAUCUCCCGGGUCGGGGUGUCCCGGCGGGGUGGGGGCGGGAAGCGGGGUGACAGGAACCGGACAUUGUGGCUCGGAGUUGGGGAUUGGCUCCUCCGCGACGGUUGCAGCAACGGCGAACGUGAGCAGAGCCAACGGCCUGGGGGGACCCGGAGGGAACAUUAGCGGCGGUAGCGGUAGCAGCGGAGGCACAAACGCUCUGUCUCCUGCCCCGGCCGGUUACUCUACAUCCGGCCUCUCCCCGAACCUCAGCCCAGGACCAGGUUCGGGAAGUGUUGGCAGAAAAAUGGUCGUCUCAGCAGAGAUGUGCUGCUUCUGUUUUGACGUGCUUUAUUGCCAUCUGUACGGAUACCAACCUCCGAGAACACCCAGGUUUACAAACGAUCCCUACCCGCUGUUUGUCACAUGGAAAAUAGGCAGAGACAAACGGUUGAGGGGUUGUAUAGGUACAUUUUCUGCCAUGAAUCUGCACUCAGGACUCAGGGAGUACACCCUUACCAGUGCCCUUAAAGACAGCCGCUUCCCCCCUAUGACAAGGGAUGAGCUGCCUCGCCUCUUCUGCUCAGUGUCUCUUCUCACCAACUUUGAAGACGUCGGUGAUUACCUUGACUGGGAGGUGGGUGUUCAUGGUAUAAGGAUAGAGUUUUUCAAUGAAAAAGGAUCAAAGCGUACCGCCACCUACCUACCAGAGGUUGCAAAGGAGCAAGGUUGGGACCACAUUCAAACCAUAGAUUCUUUACUACGAAAGGGAGGCUACAAAGCUCCCAUCACAAAUGACUUCAGGAAGACCAUUAAGUUAACCAGGUACCAUAGUGAGAAGAUGACAAUGGGUUAUGCAGAGUACAUCGCCCAUCGCCAGCACCACCACUACCAGAAUGGCAUCGGGCACCCGGUGCCGUCGUAUAACCAUUAUUCCUGACAGCGAGCCGCAUGACCAAUCAUUGGACCUCUCCGCUGACCUUUUCCCAGGAGAGCCCGCCCCCUCCUGGUCUAGCUAUUUCUACUACUGUACCAUUUUAUGAUGAUAGUUUCCGUUGCCAUGCUGGCCGUCUCACAGACGUUGACAUGGCAACGGGUGGCAAGGAAGCAUCAUUCGAUUAUGGCAAAAAGCCAUGUUUUUCCCUUUUGUUUGCCUGUGGCUGAGCUUUUGCAGCAUAUGUAAACCAAUAUCUUUAACCUCCCCCUCCCCUCGCUCAUUUUAUUUGGAAAAUAAACCAACGUUAAACUAUUAUUUUUGCAUCCUUUUAGCAGACCUAACCAUUUAUAUGAUUCUGUGGAUGGAAGCAAGUCUCCUUGGGCGGAUUUAGGCUUUGCUCCAAUUAUACAUUAACUAACACAUUUAUAUUUUCUUCUUCUGUGUUCUGUUUCAUCCUUUAUCCUUUACUAUCCAGGCGUUUAAUAUCAUGUAGCAAAGGCAACUGCAGUUUAAAAGGCUGUGUCAUCAUUUAUUUCAAUUCCUCUCAAAAACUUGACAGCCGAGGUCGCUUUAGCCUUGUAAACUCUCGUAGUUUCAUAGUUUGGAAAUGUAUCAGGAUUUAUGUGUAUUCCAAAGUGUAGAUAGGAUUGUGGCGCCUUUCGGUCAGCCUGUUGCUGACGCCGUUUAUUGAUUUGAGUCACAAUCGAGUGUAUUUGUGCGUUUCGCCAUGUGUGGAUUAUAGACAUCGCUUUGUCACAAGAAAACCAGUAGAAUAAAUCAGAAAUUUAGUUUUUGCGUAAAGUUUAGUCAGUGGAUGAAAAAAAGAAAAAAAAAGAAACGUUAGAUUUCAACUUCUUUUUUGAAACUAGAUUUGGUUUAUUGUGUUGGAGGAAAAAAGUCAAGGGGCGAUGGAGAGAAGUUUUUUUUUCUUUUACUGUCAGGGAAGUGUUUAAAAAAAGUUAAAGCCAUAUUCCAUAUUCCACUUUUUGUCAGUUAUUGCAAGCAUUUGGUGCUGAGAUAUUCCACUCUGUUCUUUCACUUCUGAUGUCCUUAGGAAGAGGUUAUGGGUGAUGUCACGCAUGACGAUGUGAGUUGAUCAAAUGUUUGUGUCAUUUAGAACUGCGUGUAAAUCAAGUGAGUGAAACCCGGAGCGGUCGAUGACUAUUUAGGAUCGUCCAACCGGCGCCGCAACCGUUCUCUUCCCUCUCCCAGUGAGAUCCGUUGAUCCGUGUGUCUGCAGGACAGGGAAUGUUCUAAUUUGUGGUCUUUUUGGUCGAAAGGUUACAGAUCAGCAGUUGUCUAUAUAUAUAUAUAUAUA